CUACCGUGACAUGUGGAUCCGCCGUCUGGAGCCCCUCAUGCUUACCUACUGGCAGGAUGCGACGUGCCCGGCCCUACGAUUGGUUGUUCCACGCCGCCCACUGGAUCUACAGUGGGAGUCUCGCAUUGCGAGAAACCACCUCCACCCUGAUCUGGCGAAUGGGGUGGGUGGGCUCGGCAUGGCUCGACCCAUAGCGGGCCUGGUCGUCCAUUUUUUGCUCUACACGAGACUCCGCUUCGACUUAUCCCGACAUGUUCUGCCUGUACCAUCGUAACAACGAGGAGUGGUACCAGGACUACAUCGCCAAUCCGGUCAUCGCUAGCCACUGUCCUUGCAUGACGAUGCCUAACUUGGGUGGUAACAUUUUGUCCCCGAAUGUGGGUCCAGGUCCUGAUGCGAUGGCGUAUGCAUACACAUCGCGUCUUUCGUCGACCAUCGACUCAGACGUCUUCUGGGGGGCCCCGCCCCAAAGACAAACACUGACGAUGCAUACGAGUGCCGGCGCUUACCCGCCGGGUCCUUCGCCGACUAUCGACCCAUGCGUCUUGUGUGUCCCGUCCCUAGGACAAACUUCGCCUCAAAUGACUCAGAACGUACAUCCUGCUUCAACACAGAUGUAUCCUACGUACGCGAUGGGGACGCACCAGCAAUUGACGUUCGAGCUUCCGUUCAAGUUCGCCCCGAAGAACGAGACUCCUCUCGCCCGGGGCGCCCAAUUCUCGCCCAUUGUCGCGAACGUAGCCUCGCCAGAGCCCGCGCCAAUCACUAGCAUAUGCCACUUCGGCGGGCCGUGCCCCCGCCUCACCCCAGAUAUGCCUCGCCUAAGUACCUCGGGAGUACAGCGUCAUCUUGAAGCGCACCAUCGGCUGAUGAAGGACGACGCUGGCAAGCUCAUCUGCCAGUGGACUCGGACCCGGACCGCCGAGGAGGGAGCCAGUAUAUGCCAGAAGCACGUCAAGGAUAUGUUCCAGCUGGCGAGGCACGUUGCGUCGGUGCAUCUGGGGGCAUUGAGGGUCCAAUGCGAGGGUUGCAAGGGUUGGUUCGUGAGAUCGGAUAGCUUAAGGAGACACAAGACAGAGGACAGGUGUUCGCAAGGUGUUCGCAUAGUUAAGUGAAUCUUGACGUGAAGUGCAUGACGAUGAACUCUGUGAUCCUCUACAUCUUCUCUUUCAUAUAUUCUCUUUUAUGUAUCUUCUCUUUUAUCUUCUCUUUUUGUAACUGCGCUCCCGCACGUUUUCGACCUUUACGACAUCACGACAUCACCCCUUCAAUGCCGAUGAUCUUUUCUGUCUCUUGAUGCCACUAUGCCUGGUCAUAAGGAGACCAUGGUGUCGCCGGAGAUGCAGUCUUGUAAUA